AUGGCCUCCAAAUACGCCGUCGCCUUGAUGGCUCUGCUCGGCUCUGCCGCUGCUCAGGGUUUCAACACCAGCUCAUCUGCUUCUACCACCUCUUCUGCAUCUGUUCCUGUCUACACCGACGGAGCAAAGCCCACAGUCGGAGGAGUCACCUACCUCAUCCAGACCGACACCAGCUACCAGGGUCAGCUUCUCCGCCUUGCCAGAAAGAGACAGUCUGAUGCUAGCAUCCAAUCUUGCUUGAGCACCUGCUCUGCCGAUGUCGACUGUGUUGGUACCGCAUUCGUCCAGGACACUGGAUCCUGCUUGUACUACUCCAGCGUCGACACUGCCUCUCAGGCAGACAGUCCUGGAACCGACUUUGCUCUUGUCCAAGACAGAGCCUCCAGCUCUACCACUUCUGAGGUCUUCAACGGAACUACUUCUGCACCCACCAGUGGCAGAACCUCCUCGACUGGUGUCGCUCUCCCUUCGGGCGGCUCUGGCAACUCCACUGCCAGCGCCACUCGCCCCGGUGUCACCGGCGGUGCUGGCAACAACUCGACCUCUACUCGUCCUACUGGCUCUGCCUCUCGCACUUCCUCCGGUGUUUCUACCACCACCUCGGGCGCUGCUGUCCCCUCUACCCCUAGCACUCUUCUCACCAUCAACGGAGUUCUCUUCCUGAUUGAGAUUGACAUCUCCAAGAGAGGUAUCACCAUUGACUUUGCCCUCAUCUUCGCCAAGCGUGCCGGUCAGUCCCUCGACGACUGCUUGACCACUUGUGCCGCCAACUCCAACUGCGCUGCCACCUCCUUCACUGAGAGCGAUGGCAUCUGCACUUUCUACACUUCCGUCGAGUCUGGAUCUGAGACCGUCGAUGACGAUUCUACCUUCGCCACUGUCAUCUCUCGCGCUGGAGCUGUCGGAUCGGGCGCCAACAACGGCACCUCCGGAGGCAACACCACUACUCCCGUCCCCGCCACCAACGGUACCGCCGAGAGCUUCAUCUGCCCUGCCUUCAACGCCGCUGUCCUCCAGUCGUCCACCAAGGUCACCUUCUCCGUCUCUUGCUCGUCGUUCUUGAUCGGCACCACCUUCGACAUCCAACCCACCUUGAGCAAGCGUCAAACCUUCAACAACGGUCUCCCCCAGACUCUUUCCAACUGUGUUGAUCUCUGCUCCCUGUCCGAGGAGUGUGUUGGUACUACCUUCGAUAUUGCCCGCGAGACUUGCUCCUACUACAGCGCUAUCUCUUACUCCACCGUUCUUGCUGGCUUCGAUUCGGCUGUCCGCGUUCAGUCCAACAACGGCGGCGAGACUGUUACCACCACCACUGUUGCUGGCCAAGUCACCACCAUCACCGUCCCUGGAGCUACCACUACCCAGUACGUCGGUGGUGCCACUUCGACCGCCACCGUCUACUCGACCAUCACCAGCACUGUCUACGCCAACGGUGGUGGCGCUACUGCCUUCCCCUCUGGUGCCGUCGUCACUCAGGUCGUCCCUGUCUCGACCAUCACCUAUGUCAACACUGUCUCGACCAUCACCAUCCCUCAGAACCAGAACGCCGCUGCCACCGUCACCGUCACUGUUGGCGGUGCCGGUUCCGGCUCUGGACCUGCUGUCACCCAGACUGUUUACCAGACUGUUGACCAGAACGGCAACGUCAUCGGCUCGAGCACUGCUGGCGCAGUUGCUGGCGGUGCUGCUGGCUCGAACGUGUACCCCACCGUCACUGUCUUCGCUGCUUGCUCCACCCCUGCUGCUCAGCAAGACACCACUGUCUGGACCACCGUCUACGUCUAA